CGUCCUGUGUGUGGAGUGGCGUUGGUACAGCCGUUGGCCUUUCACCCGUCUUCAAGCCAUCAGUCUUUCUUUUAGUCAAGAUGAGUGAUAAGCCAGAUUUGUCUGAAGUGGAGAAGUUUGACAGGUCAAAACUGAAGAAAACUAAUACUAAAGAAAAAAAUACUCUUCCCUCAAAGGAAACUAUCCAGCAGGAGAAAGAGUGUGUUCAAACUUCAUAAGAUGGGAAUCUCCUUCCACAAGCGGUUUUCAACAAUGCCUGAGUGUCUCGGUUUGGGGCUUGUUUUUUUGUAAACCUAUGUGCUUGUAGAGAUUUUAGGCACCUUCUGAUGCUUCACACCCAUACUCCCUGGCUAAGAUGUCAGGAGUAGCCAAUGUUCCCUUACAUUCAUUUUUAAACUUUCCAUUGAUGCAUAAACUCCAGCUGGCAGAUGUCCAUA